AUGAAGUGCAUUUGGUUGUUCGCCCUUGCAACCUUUGAGGUCAUUGUUGCCCAGCCACAAGUGCAACUUGGAUCACGUCCAUUCUACUUGAUCAAUGAAAUGUCCGAUUCCCAACUAAAGACUGACCUUGAAAACUGCGCCACCAAUACAGAAAAAUACGAAGUAUCUGACUGGUCCAUCGGACACAGAGGUGCUUGUAUGCAAUUCCCAGAACACACCCUCGAGUCCUACAGUGCUGCCCUCUCUCAAGGUGCCGGUAUCGUCGAGUGCGAUGUCACAUUCACCAAGGAUAAAGAACUUGUCUGCCGUCACGCCCAGUGUGAUCUACACACCACCACCGAUGUUGUCACUCGCCCUGACAUGAACGCCAAGUGUACCACUCCGUGGGCUCCUGGUGUCGCCCCCAAGUGCUGUACCAGCGAUUUCACUUUGGCAGAGAUCCAAACUCUUUGUGCCAAGAUGGAUGCCUCUGUUGCUGAUGCUACCACUGCCGAGGGGUACAUUGGAGGUACUGCCGACUGGCGUACUACUCUCUACUCUGGAGAAUGUCCCAAGGUUCCCACUCACGCCGAGUCCAUUGCCCUUAUUGAUGCUGCCGACGCAUACUUUACUCCCGAGCUCAAGACUCCUGAAGUCGAGAUGCCCUUUGAUGGUCUUACUCAAGAAAUGUACGCCCAAAUGAUGGUCGAUGAGUAUGUUGCUGCUGGAGUUCCAGCCGAAAAGGUCUGGGUCCAGUCCUUCCUCUGGGACGAUGUCGUCUAUUGGAUCAACAACGCCUCUGACUUUGGUGCCCAAGCCGUAGCCUUGGAGGAUACUUAUGAGGCCUAUGACUUCAAUAUGACACAGUUGGAUGCUCACUUUAAAUCCAUUGUCGAUGCUGGAGCCAACUACCUUGCUCCUCCAAUGUGGAUGCUUGUGGACAAUGUUGAUGGUGCAUUCGCCUCCAGCGACUAUAUCAAGUACGCCAAAGAUAAGGAUUUCAAGAUCAUCACCUGGACCUUGGAGCGCUCUGGACCACUAUCUUCUGGAGGCGGCUGGUACUUCCAAAGUGUAAACGGUGAAAAGGACGGUGACCAAAGUUUGAUCCUUGGUGAUGGUCAAGUAUUCGAAUUCCUUCACGCUUUGAACACGGAAAUUGGUAUCGUUGGGAUGUUCAGUGACUGGCCUGCUACCACCACAUUCUAUGCCAAUUGCAUGAAUCUGGGCUUGCGUGGAGAUACUGAUGGAGGUGGUGACAACGAAGAAGGAAGUGGCAAUAAUGAAGAAAGUGGCAGUGCCGCGAAUGGAGUCAGCCACCGAAGCUUCGUCUUCCUUGUCUUUGCCCUUGUUGCUCUCCUAUUCACCUAA